UGGAAAAUAUGUAAAGGUGAUAAAUUGGAAAAAAUCUGACAGUCCUUUCCAUGGUCCAUUGCCGCCGAAAGCAGCUUUUGGGAAGAAUUAUAAUUUCACUUUGACAUUUGGUAUUUUGUUGCGUUACAGUUUAGACAGGACCCACCUCACUUUUUUGAACAAGGGGGAAAAAAGCAGCCUUGGAUGCUUACUUCUAGACCAACUGUGCUGCUUUCACAUGGUUUCUUCAAAAUCACGGAAAAGAAUGGUGAAAUUUCCACACUCGUUGUACCUCUAUGGACGUCUGUGUCAUUCUUCACCUCCAAUCUGUAUAGCAAUAAUAUUCAUGCUGCAGCAACAACUUUAUGAACAUAUAAAGAAACAGUUCCAAAAUUAUUGUAUAUCGCCUACAUAUAUUAGCCUUAUCCUUGGCAUGUAUAGAAUACAUUUUGGUUUUUUAAUGGUGUAAUUUUUGUACUGGUCAGAAGAAGUGAUCAGAUGGCCAGUUCAAGUACUAUUGAAGGCUUAGAGGCAGCAAUCUAUGCAAUCAAAUACCACAAGCCUCCUGUGGAAACAUUGUCAUUAUACAAGCUGUCUGAAAUUUCAGAGAUUUCAGGGUUUUAUGACACUGAUAGGUCGCUGAACAUCAACAUUCCAGAGCUCCGCAAGAAGGAUGAUUCAUUUUUUGAGCUACUCCAAGCUCUGAAUGAAUGUGAAGCAUUGAAAUCCUUAGAUUUCAACAGACUCAGGUGGAGUCUACCUGAAGUAAAUGAGCUCUGCAGUGCAAUCAUGAGAAGCCCAACACUAAGAAGGGCGUCUUUUCAGCAAUGUAAUCUUGGUUCAGAUGGAGUUAAACUCAUUGCAGAGAUGUUGAAGACAAAUGACUUUGUGAAAGAGUUGAACUUCUCUGACUGCGGUAUAGGUCCUUCUGGGUCUUCGGCCAUUGCUUCUGCUUUAAAGAUCAAUGAGAGCUUGGAGGAAGUGCAGAUCUGGGAAGACUCAAUUGGGUCAAGAGGUGCCGAAGAAAUGGCCAAAAUGAUUGAAGUGAAUUCAAGGCUGAGGUUUCUGACCAUAUUGGAUAUGCAGUCAAUUACAGCUUAUCCCCUGGUCUCGGCUGCUUUGGGAAGGAAUAGGAAUUUGGAGCUUCAUGUAUGGAACAAAGAGAGCAAAGCAAAGCAUGCCAAGGUGGUUGAGUUGAUUCCAUUGAAUAAGGUUUUGAGGAUUUACAGGAUUGACACUUCUGGCUGUUACAGGAUAGUUUGUGCCCUGGUGCGGAAUACUACUGUAGAGAAUCUAGAUAUAAGUGGAAACCAUGUGAACUCUAAAUGUGCUCAAGAGCUCAGGAGAGUUCUUGAGCAAAAUAGGACUCUGACGCACCUCAAUAUGUCGAAUACAAGCAUGAGUGAUAAGGGUGUUUAUUGCAUUGCAGCUGCUUUGUUUACGAACAAGAGCCUGCAGUCCUUGCAGCUUGAAAGGAACUCAUUUGGGGGAGAGGGAAUUGAGCAUUUACUCUGCCCUCUGAGUAGGUUCAAACCAGGCCAAGCGCAAGCAAAUACUUCUUUGAAGUCUUUGUCCAUUGGCGGGCCUCAGAACAAAAUGGGUGGUUCUGGAGUAAAUGCAUUAGUGCAGAUGAUCUCUUCAAACCAGAGUUUGCUUAAAUUUUCUGUGAAUGAUGAUGAGAGCAUGAGUGCUGCUGAUUUCAUCAAAAUUCUCAAAGCCCUUCAGAGAAACACAGCUUUGAAAGCUUUGAUUUUUAAGGGAUGUAAAGGAGUUGCGGGAGAUGCAGUGCUGGAAGCCAUAAUGGAUGUAUUGCAAGUGAAUAUAUGGCUUGAAGAGAUAGAUCUGAGUGGCACUCCUCUUCAAGCAUCUGGAAAAGCUGAUCAUGUUCACCAACGACUUCGACAGAAUUCCAGUGCUGAACCCCAAGCCAAUUUGCUAAGGGACAUGCCAAAGAUAGUGCCCAAGUCUGUGAGAGUUUUUCUCUGUGGACAAGAAUUUGCAGGUAAGACAACCCUAUGCAAUUCCCUAUUGCAGACAUAUGCUCGAGCGAAAAUUCCAACAGUAGACCAAAUUAAAACAUUUGCAAACCCAUUAGAACCCAUUGGAAGAACUCAGGGAAUCAAAAUCAAAGUCGUGGAAGAUGAUGAUACUAGAAUCUCAAUUUGGGACCUUGCAGGUCAGCAUGAGUUCCUUGCUUUUCAUGAUCUCAUGUUUCCUGGCCAAGGAAGCCCAUCCUUUUUCCUGAUAAUAUGCAGUCUGUUCAGAAAGCCAGAAAAUAGAGAGCCCAAAAAUAAUCAAGAGAUUGAAGAAGAUCUGGUAUACUGGCUAAGGUUUGUCGUAUCAAACUCCAGAAGAGCAGAAUCACUUCUGCCUCAUGUGACAGUGGUUUUCACUCAUAUUGAUAAAAGUUCUGAGAGCUCAGAAAUGUAUUUAUCAGCCGUUCAAUGUGUUUACAGGCUCAGGGACCGUUUCACAGGUUUUGUUGAAUUAUGUUCAACAAUUUAUUCAGUCGAUGCAAGAUCAUCUGGGUCAGUGAAUAAAGUUGCUCGUCAUGUGCAGCAAAUUACCAGGACAAUAUUAGAAAGGGUUCCAAAAAUUUACCAAGUAUGUGAUGAUUUGAGAAUUCUUUUAUCUAGAUGGAAAUCUGAGAACAACAAACCAGUAAUGAGAUGGGAAGAAUUUGGAGAACUUUGUCAAAUUAAGGUGCCAUCACUAAGAACACAGCGAUAUGAUGACCCCAGCAAGGUUGAAGAAAGGCGGAGAGCAGUGGCAAGCUCUUUGCAUAAAGCUGGGGAAGUAAUCUAUUUUCAGGAGCUUGACUUCAUCAUUGUCAAUUGUGAGUGGUUUUGUGAGGAAGUGCUUGGACGCCUAGUAAGAUUGAGCAGCAAAAGCCAAUCUACCUCAGAUUCGCAGCAGAGUGGUUUCACAACUAGGAAAGAAUUGGAGGUCAUUUUGAGGGAGUCAUUACAGAGUUCAGUGCCUGGAUUCGGGCCAAAAAUUUUCGAUAAUGUUCACCCAAGUGACCUUGUAAGGAUUAUGUUGAAGUUGGAACUCUGCUAUGAGCAAGAUCCUGGUAAAUCUGAUUCAAAGCUCUUCAUUCCUGCAAUACUCGAGGAAGGUCGAAAUAAACCACAAAAAUGGCAACUAGAUGUAUCAGACUGCAUCUACGCAGGUCGCCAUUUGGAGUGUGAUGAUUCAAAUCAUACAUUCCUAACCCCUGGAUUCUUCCCCAAGUUGCAGGUGCAUCUUCACAACAGAAUUUUGGGAUCAGGCAACAGACAGAGUGCCACUUACAAGCUUGAAAAACACCUUAUCUCAAUAAUUAUCAAUGGCAUUGAGAUCCGAGUUGAACUUGGGGGCAAAAUGGGCUACUACAUAGAUGUCCUUGCUUGUUCAUCACAAGACUAUAAUGAGACACUCAAAGUUAUGCACCAUCUUGUUAUUCAGAGCAUUCAAAGACUCUGUGCUUCAUCUGCAGGCUGUCAAGGAGUAAUACUCAUUGAGGGCAUUUUAAGGCCACAAUGUGCAGAACAGCUCAUACCACCAAGAUAUCGGAAGAACCAAUUUAUUUUCAUUGAGCAUCUGAAGCAAGAGCUACUUUCAGUUCCAGCUGAGAGUAUGUAUAACUAUCAACAUACUUGGAACGCAAUUGUAGAUGGAAGGUCAGUAAUCCUAGGAUCUGGAUUUGAUUAUUCAAGGGAUCUGCUUUCAGAGGAUGAUUUCAGGGAUGUAUUGCAGAGGCGAUAUCAUGAUCUUUACAGGCUUGCUGUUGAGCUGGAUGUGCCUUCUGCAAAUGACAUUCCCAGUUCACAACCGAGUUUGGAAGAUGAAGAAGAGGAUGGUUCUGUGUCACCAACAGUUUCUGGAAUUGCAAAAGGAGUUGAAAAGGUGUUGCAAAGACUUAAAAUCAUUGAGCAAGACCUCAAAGACAUCAAGCAAGAAAUUCAAGGAUUGAGAUACUAUGAACACAGCCUUCUAAUGGAACUUCAUAGAAAGAUGGACAAUUUGGUUAAUUUUUCAGUUCAGCUUGAAGAGAGAAAAGUGCCGCACAUGUUUUAUUUUACAAGAGAUGAUGGGAAUCUCACCAAAAGGCUGGUUACAGACAUCGUUUCAGGUAUGACUGCACUCCAACUGCAUCUCUUAUGUGAAUACAGGCGUGAAAUGCAUGUUGUCGAUGGCCAACCUGGGAUCAACCUAAUGAAAGUUGAUAAUAGAACCGUACAAAGCCUUGUCCCAUAUGUGAAUGGAUUAAUGAAAAUGCUCACCUUUGCCCUCAAGGUAGGUGCUCAUGUUGUAGCAGGGAUGGGGGAAAUGGUCCCUGACUUAAGCAGGGAAGUUGCCAAAUUGGCAGAAUCAUCAUUUAUGUUUGGAAGGGUAGCUCAUCAAAUUGAACAAACCAGGAGUAGAGGCAUCAACGAUAGAUCUCGAGAUAUCAAUUAUAGGCCUUUAGAUCUCAAUCAAUUCAGAACAGCUCAACAGUGGUUGGUAGACUUUUUGAAAACCCAAAAAUGCAUCAGUGGAAAAGCUAUUGCAGAGAAGUUUGGAUUAUGGAGAGUCCGGUACACAGAUGAUGGUCAGAUUGCUUGGGUUUGCAAUAGGCAUAAAGAAUAUGGAAGCCGAAUCUAUGAGGUUAUUGAAAUCCCAAUUGAUUAAGACCAACUUCACUAAGCUUCUUCUUCAUUGAGAUUGCUUUUAUCAAUUUAUAGAUAGCCAGCAACAUCUUCAGGUCCACUUGAAAGUAACUACUUUUGGUAUUGUUGAAUUAUAAGAGUGGUAAUGUAGAUAAAACACAUAUUUGUUUCCAAUUUACUGUUAUAAUUAUAAUUUUUAAGCAAA